AUGUUCAAAGCCAUUGUUGACUACAAGAAAGAUCCGAAGGUGGCUGUAUCAGAGGAGAAGUCUUAUGUCAUGAGCAAGAAUGGACAGAGACGAACUCGAAAGACCACCAAAGGAUGGAAACUGAUGGUCCUAUGGAACGAUGGGACACAGUCUUGGAUUGACUUGAGCGUUUUGAAGGAAUCCAAUCCUGUUGAUGUUGCUGAAUUUGCAAAAGCGCAUCAUAUUGAUGAGGAACCUGCAUUCCGCUGGUGGGUACCUUAUACACUCAGAAAGCGAGACAUGAUCAUCUCUGCUGUUAAGGCCCGUGUCAGAAAGACUACGCACAAGUACGGUAUUGAAAUACCAACAAGUGUAGAACACGCAAAGAGGCUUGACGCCCAAAAUGGUAACAACUUGUGGAUGAAAGCGUUAUCUAAGGAAAUGUCCAACAUUGGUGUUGCAGUUGAAGUGCUGGCCUAUGGCGUGCUAGCACCUCCUGGAUAUUCAAAGGUCACUGGUCAUCUAGUAUGGGAUGUGAAGAUGGAUUUCACUCGCAAAGCCCGAUGGGUACUUGAUGGUCACAAAACACCUGAUCCCCUGUAUUCUCAGUAUGCAGGAGUGGUAUCACGUGAGAGUGUCAGAAUUGCCUUUACCUAUGCUGCCCUGAAUAACCUGGACGUUUUUGCUGCCGAUAUCCGAAAUGCUUACCUUCAAGCACCCUCAUCCAGAAAGGACUAUAUCAUUUGUGGCCCUGAAUUUGGAUUGGAGAAUGUUGGAAAGGUUGCCUUGAUUCAUCGUGCAUUGUAUGGCGGAAAGACCGCAGGACGGGAUUUCAGGAACCAUCUCAGAGCUUGUAUGCAUCAUCUGGAUUUCCUGUCGUGCCCUGCUGAUCCCGAUGUUUGGAUGCGUCCUGCUAUGAAGGAUGAUGGCUCCGAAUAUUGGGAAUAUGUCCUUCUAUACACCGAUGAUGCGCUGUGUGUUUCUAUGAAUCCGGAAAGGGUUCUCCGAAAGGAACUUGGGAAGUAUUUUGAGCUGAAAGAGGAGAGCAUUGGCCCUCCGAAAAUCUAUCUUGGCAGUAAUGUACGAAAGGUUGAGUUGGAUACUGGUGUUCAAUGCUGGGCAUUUGGAUCCUCCCAGUAUGUCCAAGCCGCUGUCAAGAAUGUGGAGAGUUACCUCAAUGACCGUUGCAAGGCAGGAGAUGAGCGAUUUAAACUGAAGCCCAAGGCAAUGACGCCGAUGCAGACCUCCUACCGGCCUGAGCUUGACGUGAGCCCAGAAUUGGAGCCGUCUGAUGCCUCAUAUUAUCAGUCGCUGAUCGGAGUCCUACGAUGGAUUGUUGAGCUUGGAAGAGUUGAUAUCUGCCUUGAAUGUUCUUUGAUGUCUUCGCAACUGGCUAUGCCAAGAGUAGGACACUUGCAUCAAGUGCUUAGCAUUUUCUCUUAUUUGAAAUCUCAUCACAACGCUGAGUUGGUGCUCGAUCCAACCUUUCCUGUGAUCGAUGCUGCCGGAUUUGAAAGGAAGGAUUGGUCAACCAGCGAAUUUGGUCACAUAGAAAACUUGAAGGAAGAGCUGCCUCCAAACCAGCCAGAACCAAAAGGCAUUGGAUUUGUUACAACUGCCAAAGUGGAUGCUGACCAUGCCUCUGACACAACUACGAGACGUUCUCGAACUGGUUUCUUUGUGUGGGUAAAUGGUGCAUUGGUGUACUGGAUGGCAAAGAAGCAGACUGCAGUUGAGUCUAGCAGUUUUGGAAGUGAAUUCUGUGCAAUGAAGUUGUGCUGUGAAUAUCUUCGUGGCUUGCGAUACAAGCUAAGGAUGAUGGGGAUUCCUGUACUUGGCCCGUCCUUUAUCUAUGGAGAUAACAAGUCGGUGUUGGCCAAUACAAGUAUCCCUGACUCUCAAUUGAAGAAGAAAUCUCAGUCCAUUGCAUAUCACUUCAUCCGUGAAGGAGCUGCGAAAGACGAAUGGCGGACGUCGUAUGUCAACACUCAUGAGAAUGACGCUGAUUUAUUGACUAAGCAACUGCCCUAUGGUCAAAAGCGACGAAAGUUUGUGAAUCGCCUGAUUCAUCAUGUCUAUGAACAUAACUAA